AUCCAUUCGAAUGAUAUCUGGAGAUAAUGCAUCCCAGUUUCCAAGUCAGUCCCAGGACCCGAGAAUUCAAACUCAAGGUAUUGGUAGCAGAAGUGACAGCUUUAGGGAAGAGUUAAAUCAUUCAAGUAUUUGCAAUAAGAAGGCAAGGCUUCUGGGAGAUGACAGCCAAAGGGGUCUACUAUCUUGUGGAGUUAAUCGAAAUGAUCCUAUCUGGAGGAUGACUUCCACGGAAAACAACAUAGCAGAAAACAUUGAGGAAGUUUCUCAUGCCAUACCUUAUUUAGCUUCUGCUAUUGAGGAUUUGUUAGAGCAAACGAGUAAGAUUCACGAUCUGAAGUCACCAGAGGGGACUGCAUGUGAUCCUCAGUCUGCUUUUGGGUUGUCUAAGCACUGGAUAAACAGGGCUGAUAAAAAGGACGACAUCCGCAAUCAUUCUGAAGAUCUAAAUCCCGGCAUUUAUGAUGGUUUUAGCGAAAUACAAACAGAAUCUCAGGUUGUUGGUUAUGAAGAGGAUUUGUCUGGCAGGCAAAUGAUAAUAGAUAGGGUCUGGACGCGGAGUAGCAUGACUUGAACCCCCAAGAUCUCUUCAUUGGACAAAAGAACGAGAGGCAAAAACCAAAGGUUACCAGCACAGAGGAAGCUGGUGAAAGAGCAUGCUGAACUGAGGUUCUGAACUUUGAAAUUGGCUCUCCACUUUCCGAAUCCUAUGCGCUGAUUGAUUGAUGUUUCUUCAACUGCUUUUGGCCAGUGCAGCGUAAAAAUUUCUCAUUUUGCAUUCUUCACUUGAAGGAUUUACAUGCCAAUGCCCUUAAAAGGAAGGGUUUAUCUUUUAGGGAGUUGAUUAUACUGUCACAACUGUAUUGCUUGUACCUUCAAAUGCCAUGUUUGUAGAACAUUUAUCUAAUAUUGUAAGCUUGUUAGUAAGCAUCUAAUGAAAUUCAGUUCCAAAAA